AUGGGCCGAGACAUCAAGGUCCUCCAGUUUGGAGACCAGUCGGAACAUGUUAUCGAUGAUUUGCGCGAUCUCCUGGCAGUCAAAGAUAACCCUCUCUUGAACAAUUUCUUUGAUAAAGCUUACAUCACCUUGCGGGAUGAGGUCGCCCAUCUUCCCAAUGUCACGCGAGGUCUCCCGGGUUUCACAAGUGUGGAAACGCUCCUGUGGAGGUAUACCGAGUCUGGGGUUCAGCAUCCAGCUAUUGAGAGUGCCUUAGUCUAUAUUCACCAAGUAGCAAGCUUGCUGAGGCAUUAUGGUGACGGUGCUGAUUUGUACCCCAAGGCAGACACCACGAGAAUCGUGGGAUCAUGCACUGGCCUACUCUCUGCAGCCGCCGUGAGUAGUGCGCGAACAUAUCGCGAACUUGUCUCGGUUGCGAUUGAGGUUCUGAAAUUGGCAUUCCGUGUCGGUGCUCAGGUAGCUCAGGUUUGCGACGAACUCAAGCAAACUUCGCCUGAUCCGGGCAGCUGGGCUGCCAUUUUCCCCGGAGUUGGAAAAGAAUCUGCAUAUCUGGUUCUUGAGAAAUUUGCCAAAGACACUAAAAUUCCACCAACAAGUCGCCCAUACGUUUCUGCUACCAGCCUAAACUCGGUCACAGUCAGCGCUCCUCCCUCCGAGUUGGACAGGCUGGUCAAAUCUGGAGUCCUCAAAUCAAGCCGACCGAUUCGAAUUCCCAUCUACGGGCCAUAUCACGCUCCUCAUUAUUAUAGUGAAGGAAUUGUGACUUCACUGGUUAAUUUUGUUCCAGAAUCCGUCGCAAACCAAUGGACACCACGUAUCCCCAUCAUUGCCAAUGCCAAAGAUCAUGUCUACCACACGUCGAAUCUGCAUCAGUUGUUGAAAGAAGUGCUUGAUGACAUUUUGCUGAAACCUUUACAUUGGGAUAGACUCUGCACGAAUUGUGUAGCAAGUGUCUCCUCUGCAGAUCCAGAAAAUUGUCAAGUGGUGCCCAUCGCCGCGAAGAAUGCUUCCACUAGCUUGAUCAACGCAUUGACACAGAAAGCCAAUUUUAAGGUGACUCUUGAUGACCGAGCAAUACGAACCACCGAAGAUUCACAUCGGUCGAAACCAAGAGGAAGACUUGGAAAGUCCAAAAUCGCAAUUGUUGGCAUGUCUGGAAGGUUUCCUGAUGCGAGCAGUCCUAGUGACUUCUGGGAUUUGCUGAAGAAAGGUCUUGAUGUUCAUCGAGAGAUCCCCAGUGAUCGAUUUGACGCACAAGCACAUUACGAUCCAACUGGCAAACGCAAAAAUACCAGUCACACACCGUACGGUUGCUUUGUCGAACAUCCAGGUCUUUUUGACGCCAAGUUUUUCAACAUGAGUCCAAAAGAAGCCACGCAGACAGACCCUAUGCAUCGAUUAGCUCUUAUCACGGCUUAUGAAGCUUUGGAAAUGUCCGGCUUUGUUCCAAAUCGGACACCAUCGACAAGGGCGGAUAGGGUCGGUACAUUCUACGGCCAGACCUCUGACGACUGGCGAGAGAUUCAGGACGGUCAAAACAUCCAGACAUAUUUCAUUCCUGGUGGUGUAAGAGCAUUUGCACCAGGCCGUAUCAACUAUCAUUUCGGAUUCUCAGGACCCAGUUUUAGCGUCGACACCGCAUGCUCUUCGAGUCUUGCCGCGAUUAACAUCGCCUGCAAUUCUUUGUGGUUAGGCGAAUGUGACACCGCCCUUGCAGGUGGUCUCAACAUCUUAACCAAUCCCGAUAUCUUUGCAGGUCUUUCUAGGGGCCAAUUCUUGUCCAAGACUGGCAAUUGCAAGACCUUCGAUGAUGGAGCAGACGGCUACUGUCGUGGAGAUGGUGCAGGCUCUGUCGUUCUGAAAAGACUCGAAGAUGCAGAGGCAGAUAAUGAUCCAAUCCUCGCUGUCAUUCUGGGAACUGGAACAAAUCACUCGGCUGAUGCUGUUUCCAUCACUCACCCUCACGCCGGUGCUCAGGAAUACUUGUUCAAGAAGACGCUUACGGAGUCCGGGGUCGAUCCACAUGAUAUCAGCUAUGUGGAAAUGCAUGGCACUGGAACUCAAGCUGGUGAUGCAAUUGAAAUGGAAUCGGUCUUGAAUUCAUUUGCACCGGAAGGCCGAAAACGAGAUCACCCCCUUUACCUUGGAUCCGUUAAAGCGAAUGUUGGACAUGGCGAGGCUGCUUCAGGAAUUACAGCACUCGUGAAGAUUCUUCUCAUGCUUGAACACGAUCUGAUACCGCCUCACUGUGGUAUCAAGAAUAAUAUCAACCGUAAAUUUCCUGAUCUGGCUGCUCGGAAUGUUCAUAUCUCCCGCUGUCGAGAGAGUGAAUGGAAACGACCAGCAGGUGGCAAACGCCGCAUGUUCCUCAACAACUUUAGCGCCGCCGGAGGAAAUACCUCUCUCCUUAUGGAAGACGGGCCAUUGAUGAUCACCAAUGGAGAAGAUCCUCGCUCAACAACUCUGGUGGCGGUAUCUGGAAAAACAAAGAAUGCUUUUAUCAAGAACACCGAGAACUUAAUCAAGUUUCUCGCGCAAAACCGCUCCACGGAUCUUCCUAGCCUCUCAUAUACGACGACAGCCCGCCGUGUUCAUUACCCGUAUAGAACAAUGGUAGCAGGCUCUGAUUUAUCAACAAUUGAAGCGGGUCUCAAGAAAUCCUUGAGCUCAGACGUCUCGGCAGUCCCUGGUGGAGGUCCUCCCGUAGUAUUUGCUUUCACUGGACAAGGAUCUCACUACACUGCCAUGGGCAAACAGCUCUAUAACACCAACUCUCAAUUCAGAUCCGACAUUGACCGCUUCGACUUGUUGGCUCAAAAUCAGGGAUUCCCUGCCAUCUUGCCCCUGGUUAACGGAAGCGCAGAAAUCGAAUCUCUUGGCCCGGUCGUGGUUCAAACUGGGGCCAUCUGCAUUCAAAUCGCACUCGUUCGAUUGUGGGCAGCUUGGGGCAUCAAGCCAGCCGCUGUCAUUGGUCACAGCCUUGGCGAAUACGCGGCGCUUCAUGCUGCAGGAGUCCUAUCAAUCAAUGAUGCUAUAUUCCUAGCGGGAACCCGGGCAAAACUUCUGGACACACAUUGUACCAGGAAUACGCACGCUAUGUUGGCCGUUUCCGCUCCCACACGGGAUUUGGAAGAUUACAUCGACGGGAAGGACUACGAACUUGCAUGUGUCAACGGCCCCAAGGCGACCGUGAUCGGUGGAGAGUCCAGUAACAUUGAUCGACUGCGUGAAAAGCUUACAUCGGAAGGAACGAAAUGCACGAAACUGCACGUACCCUUUGCUUUCCACUCAUCUCAAGUGGAUCCAGCCUUGGAGGAAUUCGAGGCCGCCGCUUCCCACGUUACGUUCAAAGCUCCCAUGGUGCCUCUCAUCUCACCACUACUCAGUGGCGUGAUCACCGACGACAAAGCCGUCAACGCCACAUAUCUCAGACGUCAUUGUAGGCUUCCUGUGAAUUUCUUGGGCGCGCUGCAAGCCGCCAAAGAUCAAGGCGUCAUCAAGAACAACUCCAUCUUCCUCGAAAUCGGCAGUCAUCCAAUUUGCACGGGAAUGGUCAAGGCUAGCCUCGGUUCGACAACGGUUGCACUCGCCUCUUUGCGACGAGAUGAGGAUGUAUGGAAAGUGGUCACGGGAAGCCUCUGUGCUCUAUACAAUGCCGGUCUUAAGAUCGAUUGGAACUACUAUCACCAAGACUUCCCCAGAUGCCAUAAUACUUUGCGUCUACCCGCAUACAGCUGGGACGCGACCAACUAUUGGAUUGAUUAUCAAAACAACUGGACACUCACCAAGGGCGAGGCUCCUGCUGUUAAGGUUGAAAAGACGGCCAGUCUCGAGACAAGCACUGUUCAACGUGUCGUAGAAGAGAAGUUCCAAGGCCAAAAGGGUACCAUUACUACGGAAACUGAUAUUUCUCGCCCGGACCUCGAGGAAACUAUCAAAGGUCACAUCGUCAACGGUUCAGCAUUGUGUUCCAGCGCAGUCUAUGCUGAUAUGGCACUGACCAUUGGUCAUUACGUUCAUCGCAAACUUGAACCUUCCAAGGAAAAUCUUGCCCUGAACUGCUCUGACAUGGUUGUUGAAAAGCCUCUUGUCGCCAGAGGUGGUUCCGAAGCACAGUUACUUCGAGCGACUUGCUCGGCCGAUUUGUCUCAAGGAGUAUGCAACAUUCACUUCUACAGCGUUGACGCCAAAGGCAAGACGACCGUGGAACAUGCUCGCUGUCAAAUUAAGUAUGGUGACACUGAGAAAUGGUCGGUGGAUUUGUCCCGACAAAACUACCUCAUCUCAUCCCAGGUUGAUCGACUUCUGCAAAGCGGCCAAAAAGGUGAGCUAAGUCGGCUUCAGCGCAAAAUGGCGUACAAGCUGUUCUCUGCCCUAGUCGAUUACCAAGACGCCUACAAGGGGAUGGCGGACGUCAUUCUAGACAGUCCAAACCGUGAGGGCACAGCCCGCGUUGAGCUACCUGGAGGCAAGAAUGGGCAGUUCUUCAUGGCACCCUAUCACAUCGACAGUUUGUGCCAUCUUGCAGGCUUCAUCAUGAAUGCUAAUGAUGAGCUCGAUUCGACUAAGACCGUCUUUGUCAACCAUGGCUGGCAAUCUCUUAGAUUCACCCGGAAACCAUCUCCCAAUCGGACUUAUCGUUCUUAUGUCAGGAUGCAACCUACAGGCCCCAACUCCAAAGACUAUUCUGGAGAUGUCUACGUGUUUGACGAAGAUGGCGAGAUCAUUGGCCUGAUUGGCGGCUUGGAGUUCCAGUUUCUACCCAAGCAAGUUCUUGACCGAGUCUUACCACAAGCCAGCGGUGUAAAGACAGCCGCCAGUACUCCAGCCAAGAAGGCUUCUCCCGCUCCAAAGAAAGCAGCGCCAAAACCGGCGGCGCCAAAACCGCGUGCUGCUCCAGGUGGCCCAACGACGCUAACUCGGGCUCUCGACAUCAUGGCCGAAGAAAUUGGUGUUCCGAUUUCCGAAUUCACUGAUGAUUGCGACUUGAGUUCUCUCGGUGUCGAUUCCUUGAUGAGUCUCACAAUCUCUGGAAAAUUCCGUGAGGAACUGGACAUUGAAGUGCCUUCAACGCUGUUGACCGAUGCUCAAACAUUCAAAGAGGUCAAGGACUUUUUGUCUCAAUUCGACUUCAAGAGCACUCCAGCCCAGAUGGAAUGUCUGGAUGAUUCUUCUGCCGAGUCCACCGACAUGUCCGGUGUCUCAACACCUUAUCCUGGUGACUCGGAUUCGAUGACUUCGCUUUCUGAGAUUGAUGCAAAAUCGACAGGCGAAGACAUCGACAAAGAUGACGACAAAGUCUCAGCAAUCCGUGCUGCCAUCGCAGAAGAGACUGGCCUUGACCCCUCUGAAGUGACUUCCUCCACAGAACUUGCCAGCGUCGGUAUCGACUCUCUUAUGUCGCUCCAGAUUCUUGGUAUCCUACGCGAGGAACAAGGACUGGACCUUCCACCAACCUUCUUCAGUGACCAUGACACCUUUGGAGACAUUGAAAGAGCUCUAGGCGGCGGAGCAAAGCCAAAACUUCCCACCGACUCCGAAAAGAUGUCGACGACUCAAGUUGUGGAGAAACUCACCGCGGACAAAUGCGCUGAAAAGCCGGCAGCCACUCCUGCCCGAAAGAGCAAGCCGAGUCGUCAGGCAACCUCGGUCCUUUUGCAAGGGAACCCAAAGACAGCCCCCCAGACACUAUUUAUAUUCCCCGACGGUUCGGGCUCCGCCGUUAGCUAUGCCACCAUCCCACCCAUUGCGCCCAAAGAUGUUGCUUUGAUUGGCUUGAACUGUCCAUUCAUGAAGACCGCCGAUGAAUUUGAUUGCGGCAUCGAGGGCGUCGUAUCCCUGUACCUCGAAGAAAUCCGACGACGACAACCCAAGGGUCCAUACAUCCUCGGCGGCUGGUCAGCCGGUGGUAUAUGCGCGUAUGAGGCAUGCCUACAACUCCAAGCCGCGGGCGAAGUUGUGGAAAAGCUGAUCUACCUGGAUGUCCCCUGCCCACUGCCUCCACAGGCCCUUCCGACGCGACUGCACCAAUUCUUCGACUCGAUUGGCCUGUUGGGGGCUGAGGGUGAAGCGCCUGCUUGGCUCCUGCCUCACUUCAGCGCCACAAUUCGGGCCCUGAGUAACUACCGGCCACGAUUGAUGGAUCCGGCCAGAGACCACAUCCCCAAAACUUACACAAUCAUGGCCCGUGACGGUGUGUGCAAGCACGAGAACGAUCCUCGACCUGAACUCUCCCCCGACGACCCACCGCACAUGAGCUGGCUACUCUUCAACCGCACGGACUUUGGUUCCAUUGGCUGGGAAAAACUGUUGGGAAGUACCGACAACAUCAUCUCCCUCGAGCCAAUCUCGGAUGUGAAUCACUUCACUAUGAUGCGCGAGCCUCAUGUCAGAGAAAUUCCGAGCCGAUUGCGGCAGGCGUUAGGGGUAUCUGGCUAG